CUCUUUUAAAGUCGCUUUCUGUUACACUAUUACACGUGCGUGUUAUGGCUCGUGACAAUGUCCGUUUCAAACCCUACCUGUUUGUUUCCUUCGUUACCACUACAACCCAUGUUCAACUUAUAAGGAACUAAGAUGCUAGUGAACCGCUGUUUGGAAUACGUAUCACUUGGAAAUUAAAGACAUAAAUAAGCCGAAGAAUAAAGAUAAAAGUGUAAAAGAAACAUUAGUUGUGAUUUUAAAUGAGUGAAACUCAGUGUCCACAUAUUUUCAUGCGUGAUGGGUGUCUGGAGGGGAUGCAUUGAUUCUCGAGGCGCUGGGUUAUCGAACAGAGCAAAGGCAUUCUGUACCAGAAUAUGGACAGUAGUACAUCAGUCCUACGUUUGAAAGUGAAUAUUGACGAACCACGAUGGGACCAAAGCACAUACUGGGGGCGAGCGAAGCAUUUCUUUUCUAUAACAAACCCAUUAAAUAUUCUAGCUACAAAGCAGGAGCUGGAGAAAGCGAGGAACAUUGUUCAAACAUACAGGUCUGGAGGUGACGUCGGCCAGCUAACGGUUGACGAGCUAUGGAAGGCGAAAGAGCUCUACGACUCGGCGUAUCAUCCGGACACUGGCGAGAAGAUGAUGGUCAUAGGACGCAUGUCCAGCCAAGUCCCUAUGAACAUGACCAUUACAGGGUUCAUGAUGACUUUCUACAAGACGACGCCUGGAGUUGUCUUCUGGCAGUGGGUAAACCAGUCUUUCAACGCAAUAGUCAACUAUACGAAUAGAAGUGGAGACUCCCCGCUGACAAAUACGCAACUAGGGACAUCGUACGUCCUAGCUACUGGUGGCGCUCUGGUGACAGCUCUGGGUCUUAACAGCCUCGUCAAGACAGCUCCACCACUGAUCGGCAGAUGGGUCCCUUUUGCAGCAGUUGCAGCUGCUAAUUGCAUCAAUAUUCCACUAAUGAGGCUCAGGGAGAUCCAGGAAGGUGUCCCCGUCAGUGAUAUCAACGGUAACAGACUGGGGAACUCGAAGAGAGCAGCUGAGCGGGGCAUCGCUCUUGUCACGUUGAGCCGAAUUGGCAUGGCCGCUCCUGGCAUGGUUUUCACGCCGAUUGUGAUGAACGCGCUGGAAAAGCGAGGUUUCUUGUCUCGCUACCCAUGGAGCGCGGCCCCUAUACAGCUAGCACUGCUCGGUGUCUGUCUCACGUUUGCCACUCCCAUGUGCUGUGCCCUCUUCUCGCAGCGAGCCUCCAUCUCCGUGUCAAAUCUUGACGCUGAACUUCAGGAAGAAAUCAAGAAGCUUCCCAACCCGCCUACAGUUGUAUAUUACAACAAGGGGCUCUAAAUGCUUCAUCAUGUAAGAAACCGAUCUUAAGAAAACUAGACAAUAAAUGUUGUGUACUGUAUCGCAUAUAAAAGAUUACGUCAAAGAAUUUGAAAUUACAAAAUGUGACGGACUGACAGGAAACGGAAGGUGACUGUAUACUAGAAGGUUGCGGAACAAAAUGAGGUCCUCAUUAACCCAUUACUUCAGACUUCCCUUCCUUACAAUCUAUAUAAUCCCUUCGAUUCCCAGCAUAGUCACUUCAGCCCUGAAGAUGGAGACAAUACAUUUCUCCGAAACGUUAGACUCUACCGGCCAGUCCACGCGGAGCCAAAACCUAGAACAGCAUCAAAAACGUCAGCGCCGUGAAAACAUAAAAUUUUACAUUGUAAAAUAUGUCACAUUUACGUAAUGACGCUGUCAGUAGCUCAGAUUGUAUAGCGUUGGAUGACAGGAUAAUUAAUAAACAAUGGAAUUAGACAUUAAAUGGAAGAAAGUAAUCGGGGCCUAAUUUGAGGAAAUAUCGAGGAAUUUUCCUGGACGAACUGAGGAAAACCACAAAAAUUUCAAUCACGAUACAUAACCGAGGUCUGAACCCGGGCCAUCCCGAAUACAAAACAGGAGUGCUAACCAGUCGACGGAGACGUUUAAUAUGACCAAAUCGUGGCACCAGUGGUUUGUCAAUGGAAUAAAUUAUGAUAUAAUCUUUGUUUCAGGCGACAUAAUAAAUUAGUCUAUGACCACUUCCUUUCCAAUUAAUUAUUCACUAAUCAACCUCUCAUUCGACGCUACAUUAGUAUAAGCUACUGAAGCGUCGUUAAAUAACUUGUAAAGAAAUAAGUUAGCUCCUAUUGUAUUCAUUCAACUGUAUAAUCAAUAAAGUAAAAAAUACAGGCCUUUACGAAAUUAGAAAUUA